GAAACAAAUCCCUAAUCCCCAAAUUUCACACAUUAACCCCAAUUUCACAAAACCCUGGAUUUACAAAGAAACAAUCUCCAUUAAUGGAAAACGGAAACAUUACCUGCGACGAUGUAAUCUCGAAGCUAAAGGACGAUGGCGAUUUCGACAAGCUCCGGAUCAAAAUCAUCCGCAAAAUCAAAGAAAACGAAGAGUUACGUAACAGCAUCGUGUCGAUUGUUAAGGAGUCGGUUGCGCUUAACCGUCCCGGAGUUGAGAACACGAAGGUUCGACAGCUGUCCGAUGCGAUUCAUCACGAAGUCGGAGGGAAGUUAAACGAACAGAUAUCGGUUGCGCUGUGGGAGUUAAUACGGUCGCCUGAUGGAAUGAAAACGGAGAUAACAGAAACGGUUAAAUCGGUUUAUGAUAAACUGAUGAGGCCAAAACGGACGGCGAAUGAUGGGUCUGCAGCGCGUGAACUAAAACGAACACGUGUUGAACAACAGAAUGUAAAUGUAAUACAUGUCGAUGAUUUGUCGGUGGAAGGACAACAGAAAGAAGUGGUUGACGGAAAACAGAAAGUGUUGGAGAAUGAUAACGCGCAGGAUGAUAAACAUGUGCAAGGUGAUGGUAGUGAUGAAGAUUUGGAUGCGCCACCUGGAUUUGGUUAACGAGUCUGUUGUUAUUCGUCUUAUGACGGUUGUAAUAGUUAGUUGAGAUAGGUUGCAGAUCCGUUCACAUUUUCUAGUCUUCAUGUAUUAGUAAUGACGGUUGUAAUAGUUAGUUAAGUGCGAAGAACGGACUAAAGAUUUACAUGGGAAAGCCAAACAGUGAUGAAAUAUUGAAAUGGCGGUUUCUUUGAUCCGUUACAGAGUUUCUUUGUU